UUGAAAGGCUGGGAAAUCCUCAGCUUUUGUAAGUCGCUUUUUAGAUCGAAAGUAGAUACUUUACAAGGUGCAAACUCAUCUGCACUUGAGUCACUGGUCCGGAAGUGGUCGGAGAAUGCUCCGAAAGAAGAGACGCGUGUUCCUGGUCAGUGUGACUUAAUAUCUUUUAUCGAUAAGUCGCAAAUGGAAUGCCUUAACGAGGACGAUAAUGCAAAUUUAAAGAAUUUGAUCGAGGGAAAGGGAGAUUUGCUUUCUGAUUGUGACGAACAACUGAUAAUCUCCCUUCCUUUUAAUCAACCUGUCAAAAUCCACUCUAUUUAUAUAAAAGGAAAAGGAUCUGGUGCUCCAAAAACAGUCAAAUUAUUUACCAACCUUGCAAAUAUCUUGGACUUUGAUCGCGCUCUCAGUGCAGAAACAGUGCAGACUAUUUCCUUCUCUGAGAAGGUAAAAGAAGGCGAGCUGAUAAAUCUUCGAUAUGUAAAGUUUCAAAAUGUUAAAAACAUGCAACUGUUUAUAGAAGAUAAUCAAAACGAAGCAGCAAAUACAUGUAUUCAAGAACUUCGUUUAUAUGGUACUCCUCUUACAGCAACUAAUAUGCAGGAUUUCAAGCGGGUUUCUGGGAAAGUUGGUGAAGUUGGACACUCACGAUUGUAA